UCUAACUGGGAUACCUUAUGGCACUUCAUAAAUAACCAAAUCAAAGUAGCUAUAUCUGUUAGCUCAAGAACUCAGUGAUACUCAUGGACUUCGCCAUAUUUGCUUCGAUCCUUCUCUUUGCUUCUCUCGUCGUUAUCAUCAUACAUCGCUGCCUCAGUCAAAAGACUCUGCAUAAGAAGAAAAGGCUUCCUCCAGGCCCACCUAGAUGGCCCAUAUUUGGCAACCUCCUUCAGUUGGGCCAAUUGCCUCACAGAGAUCUUGCUUCCUUGUGUGAUAAAUAUGGGCCAUUGGUCUACCUUCGCCUAGGUAGCAUCGACGCCAUCACCACCAAUGACCCCGAUGUCAUACGUGAGAUACUUCUCCGGCAAGAUGAAACAUUUGCCUCCAGACCACGGACACUCGCUGCUGUCCAUCUAGCGUAUGGAUGUGGAGAUGUGGCCUUGGCCCCAUUAGGCCCAAAUUGGAAGAGAAUGCGGAGAAUUUGCAUGGAGAACCUAUUAACAACAAAGAGGCUGGAGUCGUUUGCGAACCACAGGGCUGUUGAAGCCCAACAUCUUGUUCAAGAUGUCUGGGUCCUGGCUCAAACUGGGAAGGCUGUGAACUUGAGGGAAGUAUUGGGUGCAUUCUCUAUGAACAACGUGACUAGGAUGUUGUUGGGUAAACAAUACUUCGGCAGCGGAUCAGCAGGCCCAGAAGAAGCCAUGGAGUUCAUGCACAUAACACACGAGUUGUUUCGGCUUUUGGGUUUGAUAUAUUUGGGUGAUUAUUUGCCAAUUUGGAGAUGGGUGGAUCCUUAUGGAUGUGAGAAGAAAAUGAGGGAAGUUGAGAAACGAAUUGAUGAUUUUCACACCAAGAUUAUUGAAGAACACAGGAAGAAGAAGAUAAAUUUAGCUAAAGGUGCAGAUGGAGAGAUAGAUUUCGUUGAUGUUUUAUUGUCUUUGCCUGGCGAGAAUGGGAAACAACACAUGGAGGAUGUGGAAAUUAAAGCUUUAAUUCAGGACAUGAUAGCCGCUGCAACUGAUACUUCAGCUGUGACCAACGAAUGGGCAAUGGCAGAAGUAAUUAAGCACCCACGUGUCCUUCGCAAGAUACAAGAAGAGCUUGAUUUUGUUGUGGGUCGUGAUAGAAUGGUCAAUGAAACUGAUCUGGCUCACCUCAACUAUUUACGCUGUGUAGUACGCGAAACAUUUCGCAUGCAUCCAGCUGGGCCGUUCCUUAUUCCUCAUGAAUCCCUACGUGCCACAACAAUCAACGGCUAUUAUAUUCCGGCUAAAACACGUGUCUUCAUCAACACUCAUGGGCUGGGCAGGAACACCAAGAUAUGGACCAAUAUUGAAGAGUUUCGGCCUGAAAGACAUUGGCUGGGUGAUGGAAGCCGAGUGGAGAUAAGCCAUGGAGCCGAUUUCAAGAUACUGCCAUUUAGUGCUGGAAAGAGAAAGUGUCCUGGCGCGCCACUUGGGGUAACUUUAGUGCUAAUGGCUUUGGCUCGGCUCUUUCACUGUUUUGAUUGGAGCCCGCCGGAGGGUUUAAAGCAUGAGGAUAUUGAUACCAGCGAGGUGUAUGGGAUGACCAUGCCAAAAGCCAAGGCGUUGAUGGCUAUUGCCAGGCCGCGCUUGGCAGACCGCAUGUACCGCUGAAUGGUUUUUUAAUAAAUAAACUUCA